AGAUGUCAGGCUCGCGUUUCCGGCCGGCGGAACCCGAGCGCUGUACCGAGAGCGCUCGGAUGGCGGCCGACAGACUCCGGUUACCAUGGCAACGCGGAGGGACAAGAGGCUGCUCGGGGCCAGCGUUCCGGUUGCUGACAUGAUGCCCCCACCCUUGGAGCAGGACCUGAAUGCCCUGCUGGCUCGCAAGGAGGAGGAGUGGCGAGCGCUGCAGGCCCAGCGCACCCAGAUGCAGGAGGCGGCUCUGCAGGACACACAGAGCCGACUGGAGGAGGCUCAGGGGAAGCUGCGGCGCCUGCGGGAGGACUUUAUCUACAACCUGCAGGUGCUGGAAGAGCGGGACCGGGAGCUGGAGCGCUACGACGCCGCGUUCGCCCAGGCCCGAGGGCUGGAGGAGGCCAGGCAGGCCGAGGUGAGCGAGCUCAAGAUCGAAGUGGCCAAGCUGAAGCAGGCGCUGGCCAGCGAGACCCGACGGCUGGAGGACCUGCAGCGGCAGUACCAGCAGAGGCUGCAGGAACACCGCCUGGAGCUGGAGCGGGUCCACAGUGACAGGAACAGUGAGCUGGAUCAGCAGCGGGAGCAGUAUGGGAACCUGAAGUGGAAGCUGGAGAGGAGACUCAAGGAGCUGGACGGCGAACUUGGCCUGCAGCGGCAGGAGCUGCUCCAGGAGUUUGAGUCUGAAUUGCAGAAGCGGGAGCAUGAGUUCCGCCUGCGGGCUGACAACAUGAGCAGUGUUGUCCUGGCACACGAACUCAAGAUUAAACUGCUGAACAAAGAGCUUGCGGCCCUGAGAGAGGCUGGGGCGAAGGCUGCCGAGUCCCUGCAGGGUGCCGAGGUGGCGAACGCGGAGCUGGAAGACAGGCUGCAGCGAAGAGACUGGGAGCUCCGAGACUUGGUGGCCGUGAAGGAUGCCCGGAUAAAAGACUUAGAGGGUAAACUUCACUCUAUGCAGCUCACCAGGAAAAAAGAAGAGGAGACAUUUCGGAGGAAGCAUGAGGAGCUGGACCAUCUGGCCAGGGAAAGGGACGCUGUGCUGAUGGCAGCAAAGAGCGCCCACAUGGAGCAGCUACAGGCAGCAGACGCCAGGGCCCUGGAGCUGCAGGCGCGAUGUGAGAACCUCGAAGUACAGCUCCGCAGGGCCGAGUGGAAGCAGGUGGAUGCCACCAAGGAGAAGGACGCCACCAUUGACAAACUUCGGGAAGAUGCAUCAGCUCUAAAAUCUGGCUGGGAUGCCCAGAUUGCUCAGCUAUCCAAGGAGAUGAUCUCCAAAGAUCUUCAGGUUCAGUCACUGCAGGAGGAGGAGAUGAAGCUGAAGGCACAGCUGGCCAGAUGCCAGCAGGAUAUUGGAAGGUACAAACAGCAGCUGUCUCUAGCGGUAGAGAGGGAGCAGAGCCUGGAGCGUGACAAGGUGCAGCUAGAGCUGGACUGGCAGCGCCGAUGCGAGGGUGUUGAGCGGGCGCAGUACCAGCAGGCCGAGGACUUGAUUCAGGGCCUGACAGCGGCCAGAGAUCAGGUUGCUGCCAAGCUCCAGGAGACGGAGCGGCGGCUAUGUGACCAAGAGGUGGUGCUGAAGGCCGUGACCCGAGAGAGAGACCAGGCCCUGCAGGCUCUGCGGACACAUGGGCUGCUCCCUGAGGAGGAGGCACAGAGGCCUCUAAGGCAUCAAGGAGAAGAAAUCAAUAAAAGCUUUCUGUCUAGUGAGAUCCAGCGGCUAAAAGAGCAGAACACAAGUUUGCGAAAUGUUAUUGCACAAAUGAGGAAAGAAAUGGAAGCUCUAAGUGAUCAAAUUCUUCCUUCUGCCCAGUUAGGAGGGGAGACCUCACACAUAAACCAGCCUGACCCAAAGGCAGCAGCUGAUUCUGCGGUUCCUGGUUACGUUCUGGCCCUUGAAGCAGAAAUGCAAAAUCUAAAGUAUAAAUUUAAAACACUGGAGGAACAACUAGAUGUGUUAGAUCCUUCGAAGACGUCCUUGUCCUGUGCUUGUGCUCAACCCAGUGUCCUGGCCUCCACGGAUACCACCGGAGGAGCUGUGCCAGUUGAUAGAGCCUCCAUGGGACUGGCACUCAGGAGGCUUGGAGACAGAUCACAUCUCCUGAGCUUCCUGGUGGCACGACUGAGACAGAAGGUGCUGCAGGAACCCCUGGACGUGGACACCAUCCAGCGAGAGCUUCUCCAUGAGCUGGACCAGGUGCACCUGGAGGCUCUGCAGCUGCAGAAGCAGGUGGCCGAGCUGGAGAAGCAUCUCGGGUCAGCUCGGAAGGAAAGUGGGGGUGCUGCCAGCAGGCAGCAGCCAAAGGCCUCAGAUACUGCAGCUGUUGGAGGAGAGGUUCCUGCAGACGGGGGACCCGUGGGGAAGGAGGACCGUGGGACGCAGCCCCUGCAGGUCCUGUCUGUACCCCGACUCCAGAGGAAGCUCAAGGAGGCUGCCAGGAAGAUCCUGCGGCUGCGCCUGGAGAAGGAGCAGCUCCUGGAGCUGGGGAACCGGCUGCGAGCGGAGCUGGGGCACCUCACCGCAGACAUCUUGCUGAGUGGCUGCUAUGUGCCAGGCGCCCGGGAUACAGAGAUAGAAUCAGUACCCAACUUGGGCAUCCACUGAUGGCAAGCAAAGUGCUGGAUGGAGCGUCUAGGAGAAAAUCCCCAGAAGUGACAAGGGUGUGGAUGCCACAUGCCUCUGCAGGAGUCUGAAGAGGGCAAGUAAGUCAGCGUCGAGUUUACGCCCAGACUAAAAAGUCUCAUCGCAAGAGCUGUCAUUGGUGAAGCCUUUCAGAGGGCAGUUUGCCUGCAUCUCACAACUUUUAAAAUUAUCAUACCCUUUGAAUAUGCAAAUCUUCCCCUAGAGAUCUUUUUAAAAUAUUUUCUCACAAAUCUGAAAAAGAUGCAUAUGCAAGGAUGUUUGGCAGUGUUUUUUGUUACGUAAGAAAGCAAUUGGGAAGGUCUAGGGGUCCAUCUUUGGGACAUUGGAAUCGGACCAUGGCUGCUGCUUUAACCCUCAAGGGCAUGUGGGGUGGACUUCCCUGCUGGUCCCGUCCCCCUGCCAAUACGGGGGGCAUGGAUUCAAUCCCUGGCCCGAGAAGACUUCACAUGCCACGAGGCAUCUAAGCCCCUGCCACACAAAUCUUGAACCCGCACUCUGGAGCCCAUGAACCACAACUUCUGAGCCCACACACCGUAACUGCUGAAGCCCAUGCAUCCUAGAGCCUGUGCUCCAUAAGAGAAACCACUGCAGUAAGCCUGCACAUUGCAGCAAGAGAAAGUCCACUCACAGCAACAAAGACCCAGCACAGCCAAAAAUAAGUAAGCAAAUUUUUAAAAAGAGAGCGUGUGGGCUGCUUGCAUGCCCACGGGUCUCCCACAUUCCCAUUGGGCACCAUCUCUGCAUGGUACUUCUCAAAUGAGAGAGACAGCCCGUUUUCCCCCUUCAGCUCCAGUCCACUGUGGAUAAUUAUUUUGUCAAGUACAAUAAAAUGUGGCCCUUCCAAAUUACUUCAAAACUCCUCACUUUGUGUUGUUU